UGAAUUGUCAUCAUGACCCGGGAUAUAUACCGAUGUAGACGGGCUCGGUCAGAACUUCCUAAAGGAGCGUCGAGCCCCCGAUCAGACAACUCAGCCCAACCGUGGUAGGUGGUCUGAAAGAGUCAUGGGUCGUCCUGGGAUUCAGAUGUGGACAUGGAAGCUGUGUGUCUUCUUGAGCUGGAUGUGCGUGGGCCAGGCGGCGGCAGGACCGCAGUACAUGGUAGCCAUUCCUGCAAUUCUUGAAUCUGGCGCUGAGACCAGAUUCUGUGCCAGUCUCCUGGAGCCCAGCGAGACUCUGGAAAUGAGCGUCACUCUGAUGUCCCAAGAGGCGAAUACAACCCUUCUGGAGAAGACCUCCAGUGUAGAAUUUCAUACCUGCAUUGACUUUAAGGUUCCUUUAGUGCAGGAUGAAGUGGUGCAGGACUUUGAGGUGGAGGUACGAGGCGACACGUUCUACUCUAAAGAAGUCCGAAAAGUUAAGAUCAAAGUCUAUCGACCAAUGACCUUCAUCCAAACGGAUAAACCAAUCUACCUCCCAGGACAAACGGUGCAUUUCAGAGUCCUCACACUGGAUACCAAGUUAAGACCUGUCCAUCAGCUGUACGAUGUAAUCGUAAUAGAGGAUUCUAACAGCAACAGGAUUGGCCAGUGGCUGAAUGAAACCUCCUCCAAUAGGAAGAUAUUGCAGCUUUCUUACGCCUUGAACUCUGAGGCCCGUGAAGGAGCUUACCAAGUUACUGUGUCAAUUGGGUCUGAAAAUCAACACAGCUUCAAGGUGGAAAAAUACGUUUUGCCUAAAUUUGACCUACAAAUGAAUGCACCUGAUGAAGUAAGCAUUAAUCAGGAAGAAGUCAAAGCUGAAGUCUGUGCAACGUAUACAUACGGACAGCCUGUGCCAGGCAGUGUUGACUUGAAGGUGUGCCGACCUUUUGAUCCCUAUGUUAUACCCCGUGCAAUCACCCCUGAACAUCCAGAGGGAGUCUCUGUAAUCCCGAUGCCUUGCUACGAGGAGACAAAGCAGACGGACAAGAGAGGCUGUGCCACUUUCAGCUUCACAAUGUCAACUUUCACAAGAAUUGCGCAGGAGGCGCUGCAAGAUGUACUGCAACUCAGUGCAAAUAUGGAAGAGGAGGGGACAGGUAUUUCACGCUCCCAAGAGAAGACUACGGGCAUUUCUUAUGUUGUUGGAAAGCUGUCUUUCACCGACACUCCCCAGACUUAUAACAAAGGAUCAAAUGUGGAAGGAGAAGUAAGUGCAUUUGGGGUUUUUUUAAAAAAAAACCCCCUUUUCGGACUUGCGGUGUUCCUGUUUGAGGGUGAAAGGUGGUCAUCGCGUUGGUUACAGAAUCUCACAACCGACGGUGAUGGUGUCGCCGCUUUCUCAUUGAGCACAGCUGCCUUUAAAGGAGACGUCCACUUACAAGUUAGCGACACGCCGACACUGGGCUACAGUCCUUACAGAACGCCAUACUAUGAGUCUAACGAUCACAUGGUGUCUUUGGCCACACCUUCUUCUCCUGAUACGAAGACGGUCAGCUCCCUGGAUGUGAAGGAGGAGGAUGAACCACUCUCCUGUGACGAAGAAGAAGACCUCUCCAUCCAGUACACCAUCGUUGGAGAGGCCCAGGGCUUUAUGGAUGUGAUUUAUCUGGUCUUAUCAAGAGGAGCCAUUGUUUUACAAGGAGUUGAACGGGUGGAAAUCAAAGAUAAAUUGGUGAAUGAGGGCGAGGUGUCCUUGCAGCUGACGGUGUCUCCAGACAUGGCGCCAGACGUCCAGGUCGUGGCUUACGCCGUCCUCCCCAGUGAGACGGUGAUCGCCAACAGCGCGGACUUCUCUACCGAGCAGUGCUUCAGUCAAAAGGUGUCGCUGGCGUUUUCUCCGUCCUCGGCCGUCCCAGGAGAGGAGACCAUCAUGCGGGUUACCACCCAGCCAGAAUCUCUGUGUGGCGUGAGUGCUGUUGACCAGAGCGUCCUCAUCAAGGAGCCAGGGAAGACUCUGAAUGCAGACAAGAUAUUUCAAUUGUUGCCGGUCACAAAAAUGUCCUAUAUUCCAUAUGACGUUGAAGACAGUGUAGAAUGUUUGCCUGUGAGACCGAGAAGAUCUAUUUUGCCGUACCCCAGAGGUGAUGGGACAGCUGACGCUUAUACAGUUUUCCAGAAUGUAGGGAUGAAGAUGGCAACAAACCUGGUUAUCAGAGAGCCUUCAUGCCUCGAAUACAAAGGAAAAGAAUACUACCAGGGCUAUGGUGGCUAUGGCGGCUAUGGCAACUAUGCCAUAAUGAGAGCAGAAAUGGCAGCCCCUGGCCCUGUUGGACUUCCUGUGGCUUUUAAUGGGCCAUCUCCUGAUCAGUCCCCAGUAGAGACGGUCCGCACUUUCUUCCCUGAGACCUGGAUAUGGGACCUGGUGGAAGUUGGAGGGUUUGGAACGAAGAAUGUGUCCCUCACUGUCCCGGACACCAUCACCACCUGGGAGACGGAGGCGUUCUGUCUGUCCCCUCAGGGUUUCGGCUUGGCGCCGCGUAAAAACCUCACGGUCUUCCAGCCCUUCUUCCUGGAGCUCAGCCUGCCCUACUCCAUCAUCCGGGGGGAGCACUUUGAACUGAAGGCAACCACCUUCAACUACCUGACCAGCUGCAUCAUGGUCACUGUGACUCCAGCCCCCUCCUUAGAUUACACCCUCACCCCCCUCUCUGGUGACCAGUACACAUCCUGUCUGUGUGGCAGUGAGCGCAAGACCCUCAGCUGGACCAUGGCCCCCUCAGCCUUAGGAGUUGUAAAUGUGUCGGUGAGUGCUGAGGCCGUGACAUCCCAAAUCUCAUGUGACAAUGAGGUUGUGAGCGUGCCUGAAAGAGGACGAAUUGAUGUGGUCACACGACCUCUCAUAGUAAAGGCUGAGGGAACUGAGGUGACCAACACCUACAACUGGCUGCUCUGCCCAAAAGGGCAAGCUUUGACGGAGGAAGUGGACAUAGAACUCCCUGAGAACAUUGCUGGAUCUGCCCGUGCUUCAGUAUCAGUACUCGGUGACAUCCUGGGCCGGGCUCUGGAGAACCUGGAUGGGCUGCUGCAGAUGCCGUAUGGAUGUGGCGAGCAGAACAUGGCGCUCCUUGCCCCAGACAUCUACAUCCUGGAGUACCUGAGAGACACCCAGCAGCUGACCCCAGCCAUCAGGAACAAGGCUACCAACUUCCUGAUCAGUGGCUACCAGAGACAGCUGAACUACAAAGAUAACGACGGCGCUUACAGCACAUUUGGAGCAGGACCAGGGAACACUUGGCUGACUGCAUUUGUGUUGCGAUCGUUUGCCAAAGCACAGACUUUCAUCUACAUUGACCCAGCGAACAUCGAAGCGUCCGUGACUUGGCUGAAAAGUAAACAACAACAAAAUGGCUGUUUUGAACAGUCGGGGAAGCUCUUCCACACCAUAAUGAAGGGUGGAGUAUCUGAUGAAGUUACUCUCAGUGCCUACAUCACUGCUGCCUUCUUGGAGAUGAACAUGUACAUAGAUGAUCCUGCGGUUCAUGGGCCGGUGAAGGCUAGCUUGUCUUGCCUCAAGGAGUCCAUCAGUGACCUCAGCAACACCUACACCACAGCUCUGCUGGCGUACGUCUUCACCCUGGCAGGAGACAUGGAGACCCGUGCUCACCUACUGGGUCACCUAGACGCUGUUGCGUUACGAGAAGGAGGUUUCCUCCACUGGUCUCAGACAGCAACAGAAACGUCAGCCUCUCUGUCUGUGGAGACCAGCUCCUAUGUGCUGCUGGCUAAACUCAGUGCCUCCCCGACUGCUGAAGACCUGGGCUACGCCAGCCGCAUCGUUAGAUGGCUGACGAGCCAGCAGAACUAUUACGGAGGAUUCUCCUCCACACAGGACACCGUGGUGGCUCUUCAGGCUCUGGCUCUCUACUCCACUCUGGUGUUCAGUCCAGAGGGUUCAAGCACCGUGACGGUCCGGUCUCCCGGGGGCCAGCUGGUGUUUGACGUGAAUCGGAACAACAAACUGCUCUACCAGGAGAAGCAGCUGCAGGACGUGACGGGAAAGUACAGCCUGGAGGUGAAGGGCACUGCAUGUGCUGCCAUACAGAUUUCCCUUGUUUAUAACAUCCCAACUCCUGCUGCUGAUACCACCCUCAGUGUUCUGGUCGAACCAGAGGCCGACUGCACCAGCAAAAUACCCAAACUCAGUCUGAACCUAACAUCCCUAUAUAGUGGAAAGGAGUCCAGUACAAACAUGGUUAUCCUGGAUAUCAAAAUGCUCUCUGGAUUUGUCCCAGACCCAGAGUCUUUGAACAUGCUCAAAGGUGCCCUGCUGGUGGAUCGUGUUGAACAAAAGGAGGAUCAUGUUCUGGUGUACAUACGGGAGUUACAGAAGGACCGAAGAAUCAACCACAGCCUGACGCUCGUACAGGAGUACCAAGUGCAGAACCUGAAGCCAGCCGUGGUCAAGAUCUACGACUACUACCAGCCAAGUGACCAGUCUGAUACAGCAUACAUCAACCCUUGUGUUACAGCUUGAAGAGCAUGUGGUCAGUCCUCACGUCAUCCAGAAGAUGCACAUUAUGUACUAACACCAUGUCUGUUUUGUAUUUCCUGGUUAGUAUUCUGCCACAACCCCUCACAGCUGUGUAACUACUGUCUGAAGUGAAAUGCAUAAUGGAUAAUUAAAUAAAGAAAUAUGACAUCAA